UCAACCUUCGGCGGUGGCGGCGGCGGUGCCGACGAAUCUUCCUCCGUGGAGGAUGAGAGAUAUAAAUCUUCAGCGUGGGACGAGGGUUUUGACCUGGAAAUAAAAUAAAUAAUGUGCUAUUAAAAUAAUUCAUUUAUAAUUAUAAUUCUCCAUUACUCUAACGUUGUUUUAUUUGAAUAAUGAUUAAUUAUUUUUACGAGUUUGUUACUUUGCGAAUAUAAAUAAAUAAAUAAUAUAGGAUAUUCUUACUAAGUCCUACAGUAAGUUUGCGUUGCGAGUACUCGCAUAAUAACACAUAGAAAACAACCAUGACUCGGGAACAAAUAUAUGUGUUCAUCACACAAACCCUUACUGAGAUUCGACCCAGAAGCCCCUGGCUUAGUAGCUAGUCACUAACCAGUAGGUCAGAUAAGUCGUCAAAAUUAUAUAAGCAACAUUACAAUAUACAUUUAUUCACACUUACAUUGUAUGAUGAUGAUGUCCUUGUAGCUUCAGUAGAGAGAACAGUGGGUUUUCCUUGCUUCCUGUGUAGCGGAAUGAAUCAAGAGGAUCGAUCUGAGGAGCUUAAGUAGUGAAAAUUCACGUGGAGCUAACGCAAUACCUAUAUGAAAUUUGUCAACGUGAUUGAAAAACGCAACUCAGCACUUAGUCGGUGGAAACAAUCAUCGAUUGCAAAUCCCACAACGCAGCAAAAUCAGAUCACCGUGUAUAAUAUAAAACAAAUACGUGAAGAUAUAAACCCCCGAAAAUAAGUGAAAAUAUUAUUUACUCUUAUAUAUUCAACGCGAUUAGUUCUACGGAAAAUAUGUCGGAUACAUCAGAACACCUAUUCAACUUCGUUCCUUUGGCAUCAUCCCAAACUCAAAGUCAGAGUGAACGGGAGUCAGGGGUGAGACGUCUGUCCUUGGGGGUCAAGAGGAAGGCAACACCCGUUUACUCGUUUAUCAAAAAACCACAUCGGAAUGGAGGUACAAAAGUCAUCAAAAUAGAAAUUUACGACAGUAACAAAUUGAAUGAGAACUUUGAACAUAUAUGUAAAUGUAAUGCCGAGCUGUGUGCCCAAUAUGUAGUGAAAAAUACGUUAUUAGACCAAGUUUACGAAUUAACGCGUAGAGUAAUUGACAAGAUAGACGAAGGUUUGUCCUCAGAUACGCCACAUGGGUACACCAUCGAAUAAGGGUACAAUUUAAUGUGAUUGUGUAAUAUGAACAUAGUUCUUAAGUUAAUAAACAUUAUAAAAGUA